CGCUGCAGCUCCGGGUGCCGCCGCCCGCCCGGCCCCCCGCGGGCGCUGCCUGGCCAUGGCCGCGGCCUCCUCCCCGCCCAGGCCCGACAAGAAGCGCUGGGGCUGCGGCCGCCUGCCGGGCUCCCGGCGGGGCAGCACGGGCCUGGCCAAGAAGUGUCCCUUCUCGUUAGAGCUGGCGGAGGGCGGCCCGGGGGGCGGCGCGCUCUACGCACCCAUCGCGCCGCCGGGCGCCCCGGGGCCCGCGCCCCUCGCGUCCCCGGCCGCGCCCCCGACCGCCGCCGACCUUGCCCCGCGGCCGCCCGUGAGCCUCGACCCGCGCGUCUCCAUCUACAGCGCGCGCCGCCCGCUCCUCGCGCGCACCCACAUCCAGGGCCGCGUCUACAACUUCCUCGAGCGCCCCACCGGCUGGAAGUGCUUCGUGUACCACUUCGCAGUCUUCCUCAUCGUCCUGGUCUGCCUCAUCUUCAGCGUGCUGUCCACCAUCGAGCAGUACGUCGCCCUGGCCACAGGGACCCUCUUCUGGAUGGAGAUUGUGCUGGUGGUGUUCUUUGGGACGGAGUACGUGGUCCGCCUCUGGUCGGCAGGCUGCCGCAGCAAGUACGUGGGCGUCUGGGGGCGGCUGCGCUUUGCCCGGAAGCCCAUCUCCAUCAUCGACCUCAUCGUGGUCCUGGCCUCCAUGGUUGUCCUCUGCGUGGGCUCCAAAGGGCAGGUGUUCGCCACCUCGGCCAUCAGGGGCAUCCGCUUCCUCCAGAUCCUGAGGAUGCUGCACGUUGACCGCCAGGGAGGCACCUGGAGGCUGCUGGGCUCUGUGGUGUUCAUCCAUCGCCAGGAGCUCAUCACCACCUUGUACAUCGGCUUCCUGGGUCUCAUCUUCUCCUCGUACUUCGUGUACCUGGCCGAGAAGGACGCCGUGAACGAGUCAGGUCAAGUGGAGUUUGGCAGCUACGCGGAUGCUCUGUGGUGGGGGGUGGUCACGGUCACCACCAUCGGCUACGGGGACAAGGUGCCCCAGACGUGGGUCGGGAAGACCAUUGCCUCCUGCUUCUCUGUGUUCGCCAUAUCCUUCUUCGCGCUCCCGGCGGGGAUUCUCGGCUCCGGCUUCGCCCUGAAGGUCCAGCAGAAGCAGAGGCAGAAACACUUCAACAGGCAGAUCCCGGCCGCAGCCUCCCUCAUUCAGACGGCGUGGAGGUGCUAUGCGGCCGAGAACCCCGAGUCCUCCACCUGGAACAUCUACGUCCGGAAACCCACCCGGAGCCACACCCUGCUGUCCCCCAGCCCCAAGCCCAAGAAGUCCGUCAUGGUAAAGAAGAAGAAGUUCAAACUGGACAAGGACAACGGGGUGAGUCCCGGAGAGAAGACGCUCACGGUCCCCCACAUCACAUGCGAGCCCGCGUCAGAAAAGCGGAGGCCAGACCACUUCUCCGUGGACACCUGCGACAGCUCUGUGAAAAGCCCCAUGCUGCUGGAAGUGAGCACGACCCACUUUUUGAGAACCAACAGCGUGGCCGAGGACCUGGAUCUGGAGGGGGAGACGCCGCUGGUCCCCAUCACGCACGUGUCACAAUUGUUUCGCUGUCCCGGGUCCCUCGAGCGUCCAUACAAAUUUUGGAUCCGCUUGUCCGUUUCUGCAAAGAAGCCAGGUGGAAUUCUAAGAGGGAUUGCCAUCAACCUGUGGAUCAUUUUGGGGAGUAUCGGCAUCUCAACAAGUCUUCCGUCCGUGAACGUGAGCCAUCUUUCCGUUUGGUUUAGAUCGUCUUAUGUCCUGGGGAGGGGCUACUGUGUGUUUAUGGACCUGAUGCUGCGGGGUUCGGGGCAGCAGGGACCAGCAGCUGCCCUUCCUUCCCACCCACUGGUCCUGCCCAGCCUCCAGACCCAUAACUCCCCAGGGUCUCCACGCUCCUCCCAGCCCUGAGCCCCUUCCUCCGGGCUCUGGCGAUGCCUCGUUGGGCCCAGCUUAGUGCACAGCACAAAGUGUUGCUCUGACCCAGAUCUUUUCACACCCCUGCCUGGGGCACAUACCCUCCCCUCCCCUCUCUGGGAGUAUCCUCGUGUCCCAGUGGGCUCACAAGUUGCCCCUCAUACCCUCUCACGCCUCUACUCAUGGCUUGGUUGUCCCUCCCUGAGUGUGAUCACUACCCCCAGACUGUGGCUCCCGGAAGCUAGGAUGGCUCUACGGUCUCACCUACUCUCACCCCAAGACUACGUACAAGGUGUGGAAACCCCAGGAAGGUCUAUAGGAAUAACUAAACUGUUUCCCGGACGAGUAGCUUUAUGGCAGUGCCUGCCCCCAUCGAGGGAGAGUCCUUAAUACCAAGCGAGGCAUCUUAGGGCCUCACCACCAGGGAAACAGGACUUUGACAGCUUGCAAAAGGAAUUUGAGUUUUGGGAUUUCCUUUCAACUCCAGGGUCCCAGAUCUGGCCUGUAGUCCUUGAGGGAAGGGUCCUGGCACUGCUUCUGGGGAGGGUGCCUUUGAGGGGAGGCAGAAUCGGCUCGUGAUGAGCUCACCUGGAGCCAGUGACAGGUGGCUGGGGCUGUUCCACUGCUCACCUGUGUGGGGCCUUUGGUCAGGGCUGGGUCAGACCGUCUGGAGCAGGUUGGAUCACUGACAGCUGGUACGCCCCAGGCUCACUGGGUCUCCCUCCCCGUUGGGGAAAGAGGGAAAUGCUCCCUGUAUUCCCUGCCCCCCCCCCAGAAAGCCAGAGAGGGGACCAGGUCCAAGGAGGUGGUGGCUUAUGUCCUUUGGGGUCCUGGGGAGGGGCUUUGUGCAGGCAUCAUCUCAUUCAAAGUCCGAGUAUGGCUCCUUCCCACUCACCCAUAGACUGUGCGUUUAUGGAGCACCUCUGCGCACCAGCCCUCGGCUAGGUGUGACGGCUGCAGUGUGGUAUGGUUGCACGUUCGCUGAUGCCAGAGAGGUCCGGGCUGCCUGGCCUCAGGGAUAUCAUUGCAGGCUCACCAGGGCCCAGGCCGGAAGGGGGAUGGCAGCACCCCAGAGCCGUAGAGAGGCUCAGAGCCGGGCCCCCCGUAGUCACAGCGAGGUGUUGUGGGGCAGAGAAAAGGGCUCCCUUCCCACCGGCCUCCCCCAGGGUGCUAGGCCGGAUUACGGGCCAGCCAAAAGCACAUUGCACCGGAGUCCGGAGGCCUGGCUGCCAGACUCUCGGAGGCUCGCCCCCACCUCAUAAGAUGGCGGUAGGUCAAGGAGCUCUGAGGGCUUCGGUCCCUCUUGGAAUGUGCAAAUGGGUUAGACAGAGGCCUUUAGUGGGAGCCCCCCCCACCCCGCCCCAUGGCCAGCACAGCCUGAGGCCUUCUGUGCCCUCAGCAGCCGUACCCUGUGGCCAGGAAGCCGGAGGGGCUGAGCUCCCGUGCCUUCUAUGCACAUGACUCCCUUGCAGCCUCCUGGCGUGGGGUGCGCACGUUGUCCCCUGGACAGGCUUCGGCUGGCCAUGGGGAGGAGGCUGUGGGCGACACGGAAGGAUGCCCGCCCCUGCACCCCUGCGAGCCUGUUAUCAGAGUGAGGCCAGCCCCCUGGUUGUAAAUGGGGGUGGGCUGGGGGAUCCUGGUAGGGAUGAGGAACCGGAGGCCCCACCGGCGCGGUCCCCCCACCGACACGAGAGCACCCGGGGUGCAGCCAGCUGAAGCCCCCUGUGAUAUUAACCACGUCACGAAGCGUUUGGCAUUUGGGGAUUUUACGUUAGGGAGGGAUUGAUGAGCCUCCGAAAUGAGAUCCGAGAGCAGCCAGGACCCUGCCUGAGACGCAGCUUCCGUGGAUUGAGCGUGGGGAGCCCCCACUCCUCCCGGCGCCCCAGGCCAGCCGGACCUGCAUUCCACUCCUCCUCCCGCCUUCUGGAAGCGUUCCCUGAAUCACAUUGUUCGCUGCGCUCGGUCGGGCCUUCUGGGCUCUUCCUCUGCUGUUUGCCAUAAAAACGCUCCGGUCAUCUUU